AUGAUGGCGGGGAUCCCGGGUUAUCGUGACAGGAAAGCCACAGUGCCACCUUCCCACAUCCACUGUAACAGCCAGAGCGUCCAAGAUGCCAAUGGGUCUUUGUCCAGCGAUACCAUCUCGUCCAAAGGAAAAACCAUGAAGACCACUCUGACGGACUUAGCGCCAGAGCUGAUUGAGCGAAUCUGCGCCGAGGUUGCCUUUCAGUACAACGCAACACCGGAGGACAUCAAGGACAACCUCAGGCACCUUCGUCUCGUCUGCAGGCAGCUCAAGUACCCACCUGAGAUCUACCUCUUCAGGGACGUCACGCUCGACGCGCGCAAGAAGCGCAGACUUUCGUUCGUGCCUGAAGCACAGGUCCAGGACCACAUCGACGACAAUGGGUCCAUCUUCCGCUUCUGUAAAGUCCUGAGGAUCAAGUUUGGAUGCAACUCGAAGAAGGAAUGGACGGCGACGCAGAUUAAAAUGCCUGGGAUGAGCGACGCGUUCCUUGUCCCCGUCUUGAGCGCGUUUCAGCAGGUCCGAAGUGUUGAAUGGCAUGUAGAAUCAGCGGACCCCUCUCCCCAAAUCAUAACCGCCCUGCGCUCUCUUCCGUUACUAAAGACACUCCUCCUUCACUUUAUCGGCAUCCCAUUCCACGACUUCCCACUUCCUACUCUCUCCUCCCUUCACAAGCUCUCCAUCUCCAAUAUCCGAGAUGGCCGCUACGUCCAGGAAAUAUUAACCCAGGUCUCCUUCAUGCUCGUGUCCAACCCAUAUCUCACCCACCUCUCGCUCGACUUCUCCAGCAACACCGACAGAAGCAUUCGCUUCCCCUUCCCAAGCUUCCCAAAGCCCACCCCCGAGAAUCCAUUCCCUUGCAAGCUGGAGUACCUACGCUUCCGAGGGUGCGGUUUCAAAUUCAGAGGGCGACCCCAAUUGGGUUGCCUUACUUACCUCGAUAUUGACCACACGACUUUCCCCUCAAACACGAACAUCUGGGCUAUCCUUGGCGACACAGUCAAGCUGAGGACCAUAAUCGUCGACUCAAUACCAGCAACUUUGGCGACGUACCUCCAGUCGUAUUCGGGUCUCGAAAAGCUGAUCCUUCGAGCUCCAAAGAAAAGGCAUUGGGGCGAGGCACAAGGCGGCUGCGAUCGAGAGAUGUUCUACAAGAAAGUGCUGCCAUUGCACAAGGAGUCGAUUGUCGCAUUGGCAUUGUAUAACCUAUCUCCAGUGUAUUGGAGCACCGUCGACGAAUACACAUCGGUUCUUUUGGAAUGUAAAAACCUUGAAGCCCUUUCGGUGGACGUAAGUCUUGAGCACAUUGGAGGCCACGUCCGGAAUUUACCUGAAAUGUUAACAAACCUCCUUACGUUCCCGCUUUUGCGUUCCGUCGGACUAUACUGGACUUCCGACCUCCGAUUUACCGGCGAUCACCAGCUCUACGUGUGGGGCAUCGAACGAAACAUCAUGGAGUUCGAGUUGCCCCAUGACAGGGACAUUUUCCGCAUCUCAACAAUCAGAAACUUCUUCGAACCGACACUUCUGGAGGGUAGACAUCGCUGGGGGGCUACGCCGGUUAAACCCGUGUCAGGGAUUGCAAUUGAUCUGGGUUGGGUUCUCUGA